AUGGUCGAGGCUCCUGCUGCCAAGCUGGAGGCUGAUGCUGUCAUUGUUGGGGCGUCUGACGUCAAUGUCGAGGCUCCUGCUGAUGACAUCAAUGUCGAGGCCUCUGCUGCGAAGCUUGAGGCUCCAGCUGCCUUUAACGGAUGUAUUGAUGGCUCGGAGGAGGAAGCGUUCCUCUUGGGUGUGGAGUCAGAGGAGGUAGCUCCUUCAUUCCUGGUCGCAGAAAUCAGCAGCGGCACUAACUUCUUGGGUGUGAAGAUGGGGAUCGGGCGAGGUUUUUGCAGCAGUGGGAAGGGAUGGAACAUGGAGGCGACGCAUGUUGGGCAGCCGGUGGGGAAAGGUGUGUUUUCAAAUCAGCUGUUCGGGGCCGAUGAGGAGGAUGAGAGUUGCAGCGACUUCAUGUUUGAUGGGAAGGGGAGUGUGAAUAAGGGGAUCGGACAAGGCUUGCGCAGCAGCGGCACUAACUUCUUGGGUGUGAAGAUGGGGAUCGGGCGAGGUUUUUGCAGCAGUGGGAAGGGAUGGAACAUGGAGGCGACGCAUGUUGGGCAGCCGGUGGGGAAAGGUGUGUUUUCAAAUCAGCUGUUCGGGGCCGAUGAGGAGGAUGAGAGUUACAGCGACUUCAUGUUUGAUGGGAAGGGGAGUGUGAAUAAGGGGAUCGGACAAGGCUUGCGCAGCAGUGGGAUGGGAUGGACCAUGGAGGCGAAGGAUGCUGGGAAGUCGUUGAAGAAAAACGUGUUGUCAAACCAGCUGUUUGGGGAUGACGAUGAGGAGGAUGAGAGUUACAGCGGCCAGGGCUUUGGAUUGGGUGGGAAGGGGAGUGUGUGCUACAUGAACCAACUCUGCAUGGAUGAUGAGGAGGAGGAGGAGAGGAGUUGCUUGGCAGCAACAGGGAUUUCAGUUGGCAUCGGCAGGUUUGGUGCCCGUCGCAGAAUAUCCGGCUCUAGCAGCCGAGUCACCCUCAGGAGAAUGAGUGCUACACUCAGGCACUUUUAG